AUGUUUGCCAUCGUUCUUCUAAAUGUGAUCCUUUGGGUCCCCCAGGCGCAGGGGGCAUGGGCCUGCGUGCGCUCCUGCCCUCCCAGCUGCGUGUGCACCCCGGAGCGGAGCUGCUCCGUGCGCUGUGACCGUGCCGGCCUGGGCCAGAUCCCCAGUGAGUUCCCCUGCGAGGCCUCCUCCAUCAACCUGGAUAAAAACAGCAUCAAGUUCCUGUCCGAGAGGGCCUUCGGGACGCUGCCUUCCCUCAAGUCCCUGUCGCUGAACCACAACAACAUCUCCUUCAUCACGCCGGGCGCCUUCAAGGGGCUGCCCAGCCUGACGGAGCUGAGGAUGGCCCACAACGAGUACAUCCGCUACCUGCACACCCGCACCUUCACCGCGCUGCGCCGCCUCGUCAGGCUGGACCUGGCCGACUGCAACCUCUUCAACAUCCCUGACAGGAUCUUCAUCGAGCUGCCCGCUCUGCAGGAGCUGUUCUGCUUCCAGAACAACUUCCGAAGGAUCCCAGGCGCCAUCAGGGGCAUGGAGAACUUGACCCAUGUGUACCUGGAGAGGAACAGGAUCGAGGCAGUGGCCUACAACUCCCUGCAGGGCCUGACCAAGCUGAAAUACCUGAAUCUGCAGGAUAACAAGAUAAAUGUCAUCCACGAGCGAGCUUUUCAGGGCUGUCAGAGGAUGGAGUACCUCUACCUGAAUGACAACUUGAUCAGUGAGCUUCCAGAAAACUCCUUUGAUGGCCUGAGGCGUCUAAAGAUGCUCAACCUGGGAGGGAAUUUUCUCAGGAACAUUUCCAACACCUGGUUCCGGGACUUGGGGGAGCUGGAGUUCCUCUACCUGGACCGCAACAGGAUCAGCUACAUCGAGGAAGGGGCUUUUGAGAACCUCACCAGCCUGGUGGCUCUGCACUUGAACAGCAACAACCUGACGACACUGCCCUUCUCCGUGUUCGAGCCCGUGUACUUCCUGGGCCGCCUGUACCUCUUCCGCAACCCCUGGGAGUGCGACUGCCGCCUCGAGUGGCUCAAGGAGUGGAUGGAGAACUACAGGCUGGUCAGGGACAUCCCGUGUGCCUCCCCCUCCUCGGUGGCAGGCGUUGAUCUGACGGACGUGCUCUUUGAGAGGUCUCCCGAAGGUUUCUGUCUGGACCCGGAGGAGCUGAACGUCACGUCCGAGCGGCCGACCCCCAGCGAGGAGCCUUGGUCCACCACAGAGAGCAAGUUCAACAGCCUUAUCUCCAAACUCCUGCUCCAGAUGGGCCUUCCCGAGGAGGUGGCAAACGCCACUGAAGUGUACAGUAACAGCACACAGCUGGACGGACAGACGGAAGGGGUUUCUUCUGGCGUGGGGGAGGACAGAACCGAGGCUGGCUCCUGUUCCUUGUACCUCCCAGCACUUCUGGCAGUGAUUGUUCUGCUGUGCAAAUAG